ACUGCUGCACGGCUCCAGCUGUAUAGCUGUCUCAACACCAGACAAUAUGCAGUCCUUCAUUGCUCAACAGCAAACGAGCUUCCUUGUUGCAACUAUGAGCAAGUAUUCAUCCGCAGUGAGGAAUAUGGAGCAGACAAUCAUGCUUCCCAGCCUCCUUCAAGACAUCGCUUUGGAGGAUCAAAAUGAAGGAAGAGAUGCCUCAGUCAGUUCGCAGAACUUGUAUGAAUGCUAUAUUCAGCUGAAAUCCAUCAAAAACAUUGUGGAGAGCGGUCGUCUGCCCCUUGAAGAUUUGAAACAAAAAAUCAAUGAUGCCUAUAACUUGGAAGAUGAAGACGAGGCAAAUUUAGAGACACUUUUCUAUGUCCAUGUGAAGGGGCUCUGCACUGUGUUGAAUUCACUGACCAAAAAAGCUAACAUGCUGACCAGCAGAUAUGAGGACGUGAUAGGACUGUCUUUAUAGUUUUGAUGCAAAGAAGAGAAAAGUAACUGCUCAUCUGAGAAUGAGCAACCUGAAAUGAAAGAGUGUGCAGAAAACAAGGUAACAUUUCUGCUUGGCCAUUAACAAAGACCAAAAUAAAAACACCUUACAAGUAUCCAAUUGCAGAGUGUGCUGGGAAUGAUCCAGAAUGCACCAUUGGGCUUGUAUUUGCAAAAGUACCAACAAAUGUUUUGAAAGGACACUUGAACUGUACUUAUUUUGCUAGCCAAAAGACAGGAAGACUAAAAGUGUGGAGUACUUAUGAAUUUUAAAAUCAGCUGAUGAAACCUUUCUUCUGUAAGAAACAUUGUGAUGAAAAUGGCCGAUUCAACUGUUACAACAUGCAUUAUUUUCCUAAUGGUACGUGAUUUGUAUCAAUGUGAACAAAACCAUUGUUCCCAUACAUGGCCCAAUAUAAUUGUACUGAGUAUUUAGAAUAUGUUUUUUCUUCACUUUUAUGCCUUUCUGUUCAAUAUUGUUACAGUGUUAGGUUUCUGGAUUGCUUUUGCCACUGAAAAAAAUGGGGAAGAAGAACUCUCAUUAUUCUGGAUUCAGCGAAAUGGGUCUUCUUGAAGUACCAAUCAUGAUUCAGUGGGUACCCUUUCCAAGUCAAUGGGCUGUGGAUUCAGGUCUCGUUCUGGUCUGACUCCCCAAGGUAGUGUUUGCAUCAUCUUUUGGCUGACACAUUAAAUGCCCAUGACACCAUAAGAUGUAUAAUUAGAAAUAAGCCCAUUCAACCCACCAAGUCCCCCCUGCUAUUUAAUGACGUCUUGGCUGACCUGGAUCAUCCUCAAAUCCACUCUCCUGCUUAUCCCCAUAAUCCUUGGUUCCCUAGCUAACUAAAAAUCUACCUCAGCCUUGAAUAUAUUUAACAACUCAGCAUCAACAGUUCUCUGUGGUAAAGAAUUCCAGUGUUUCACUACCCUCUGAGAGAAGUACUUCUUCCUCAUCUCUGUCUUAAAUAUGUGAUCCUUUACUCUGAGAUUAUACCCUCUGGUCCUAGACUUUCCCUCAAGUGAAAAUAACCUCGCUGCAUCUACCCUGUCAAGGUCCCUUAAGAAUCUUUUAUGUUUUAAAAAUAUCUCCUCUCAUUCUUCUAAAUGUCAAUGAGUACAAGCCCAACCUACUAAACCUCUCCUUAUAAGAAAAUCCGCCCAUACCCAGAAUCUGUGGGCCUUCUCUGAACUCCGUCUAAGGCAAGGAUAUCUUUCCUCAGGUAAAAGGACAAAAUCUAUUCACAUUAUUCCAGGCAGAUUUCCCUAAUACCAUGUAUAGGUUUAGCAAGACCUGCCUAUUUUAAUACUCAAUUCCAUUUGAAACACAAGCCUACAGUCUAUUUACAUUUCCUAUUACCUGCUUGGAUGCUAGCUUUUUGUGAUUCAUGCACAAGGACCCUCAAAUCCUUCUGUGCUACAGCUUCCUGCAGUCUUUUUCCAUUUAAAUAAUACUCGCAUCUUCCAUUCUUCCUGUCAAAGUGCAUAACCUCAUAUUUUCCCACAUUAUAUUCCAUCUGCCUAGUUUUGUCCAUUCAUUUAACCAAUCUAUAUCCCUCUGUAGAUUCAUUGUAUGGUCCUCAAUUCCUCACUACUUGCUUCUGUGUUUACGUUUAUACCAUGUAAAAGUAAAAGAUCCUAUGAUACUAUUUCAAUGAAGAGCUAUUAUAGGAAUUUGCCCCAGUGUCCUGGUCAAUUUAUGCCCCUUAGCCAACUCUAGAGAAAUAGAUUUUGGACAUUAUGAGCUUGUGAGAGUUGUUAUAUAAAUGCAAGUCAUCCCUCCUUCAGUCUUCAUGAUUUUAGUGUUUCUGAAUUAAAUAAUGAUGGAAGCAUUUUAGUCCUUUCAACUGUUUUACUAUGCGACCACAAGUUGUACUAGGUGACUUGGAUCAUUCCUAUUGUUCUGUCUGUUUCACCCGACUGUGCAAUAAAGCAGUUUAUGAUGUGAA